AUGACGAACGACCUAACCUCCGAGCUGGGUACGAGGAGACUAGCGGCUUGGGGAGCGUAUAAGAACAUCGAGGAUGUAGUGAAGAAGACCAGGAACAACCGGCUCCGUGCUCAUCUCUUCAACAUUACCGUACUUCCUGCUUUGACUUAUGCUUCGGAAACCUGGGCAUUUCGCAAGCAGGAAGAAAGCGCGCGCACUGCAAGAAGACCGCCGACCCGAUGGUCAGAUUUCUUCACGAAGUCUUUCAAAGAAAAUUAUGAUGCUCUUCGGGUCCCACGCGAAAGGAGGAACCACUGGGCGACUCUGGCACGCGAUCGGGACAAAUGGAAGAAUUACUGGCACCCGCUCGAUCAGCUCGAAGAUCAACGGGAGUCAAGAAUGACAGAAAAAAGAAGUCCAGCGAUAAAUAUUGACAAUAAAGCUGAUGCUGAAGAAGAAUUCCUAGCCGAGUACUAUCCGGACAUUCUCUCCAACUAUUCGAAUUCGUCUGGAACCAUAUCAUAUGACACCAUACUUACGCCACGUCGACCGGAACAACGAGAAAUACGCUUUGCGACAAAGGGUACCACGCAAAAUGAACUCUGUUAUUUUGCUCAAGAAAUCGAACUUCUACCACCUCCACUGGUGCCCGAAGCUGUCGAUUGGGAUUUACUGAAGCGCUUAAACAGACUGCUCGGAUACAAAGAGCGCACGAAAAAAACCAUCGAAGUGCAAAGAGCAGAGAAAGGCACUGUGGAGCAGAGUAAAAAGGUUAUUGAACAAGCAAUACUUAAAUUUCUUGAUCGACCUGCUGGAAUGGCUAUGAACAUCUCAACAGUGUCCAAUACUAAACCUGCAAGACUCGCUAUUAGAGUCUGCCCAACGGAACGAAUGCGUACCGCGGCGGAACCACUUCUUACAAUGGAGGCUCUGAAAGAAACAUUUCAUACCGAUCCUAACUUCAUCACUGAAGCUGAACUUGUUCGGGAGCAGACAAAGUUGUUUAAAAAAAGGGUUGCGAAGAGGCAGCAGGAAGCAGAAGCGCGAAAACUGCCGCGGCCAACAUUUCCUAAAGAUCCACCCGUGCACGAAUCAAGAUCAUAUGGACCAGCUGUAAUGUCUCGAGAUUUGCAUCACUAUAAAACAUAG